GUUCAUUCAACCGGUUGAAUUGUUCCCUUCCCCGUGCCUGUGUUUAUUAUUAUUAUUUUCGCGUUGGGUUCAUAGAAGAAAUAUGAAAAUGGACACAGCCACUGAUUUCUGCUGCUCGAGGCUCUGAUUCUGGUUCUUUCGCUGGAUCUCUCAAGCUCAGCCUCUUGAUCGCUUCCUCGCGCGCCCGCCUGUCUAUCGUUCUUCGAUUCUGCGGGAAAUUUGAUCGUUGACUCACCAUCAAUCAGGGUUUAUCUUGGUGGGAGCUAACUGCGCCAGGUUAAUGAAGCAGCAUAGGGCGGAGGAGUGGAUUAUGUGCUUGCAGUAGGGAAGUGAAAAGUUAAUCAAGAAUGGCGUUUGAGCCGUUUGAAUGGUAUUGUCGACCAGUUGAUGGUGGUGUAUGGACGAAGACAGUAGAGAAUGCUCUUGGUGCAUACACACCGUGUGCCGUUGAUUCUCUGGUGAUUGUUAUUUCUCACCUGGUUGUUCUAGGUCUGUGUAUCUACAGAACAUGGCUGAUUAAUAAGGAUUUUAAAGUACAAAGAUUUUGUUUGAAGUCAAAGAUAUACAACUAUGUGCUGUGUUUAUUGGCGGCUUACUGUGCACUUGAGCCUUUAUUCAGACUGGUCAUGGGAAUCUCAGUAUUGAAUUUAGAUGGGCAGGAUACACUCGCUCCAUUCGAGGUGGUCGUCCUGAUAAUUCAAGCUCUUGCUUGGUGCUCGAUGCUUGUAAUGCUUGUUGUAGAAACCAGAGUUUAUAUUUUUGAAUUUCGAUGGAUCAUCAGGUUUGGAGUUGUUUAUUUAUUAGUAGCGGAUGCUGUAAUGGUUAAUCUAAUUCUUCCCGUGAAGGACUUGUAUGAGAGAAAUGUCCUAUAUUUGUACAUCAGUGAAGUCUUAGUCCAGGCUUUAUUUGGUGUUCUUUUGGUCGCAUAUGUGCCUAGCUUGGAUCCUUAUCCUGGUCAUACCCCUCUAAGUAGUGAAUCUGUUGAUGUUGAGUAUGAAGAACUUCCUGAAGGAGAACGUGUAUGUCCUGAGCAGCAGGCAAACCUUUUUUCAAAAAUUACUUUUGCAUGGAUGGAUUACAUAAUGAAGCUAGGAUACAAAAGGCCACUUACAGAGAAGGAUGUUUGGAAACUGGAUAUGUGGGAUAGAACUGAAACAUUAUACAAUAACUUUCAGAAAACUUGGGAUGAAGAAUCUCAUAAAUCCAAACCGUGGCUUCUUAGAGCAAUAAACAGCAGCCUCGGAGGAAGGUUUUGGUUGGGUGGCAUGUGGAAGGUUGGCAAUGAUCUUUGUCAAUUUGUGGGACCUGUCAUCUUGAAUAAACUUCUUGAGUCCAUGCAGCGUGGAGAUCCAUCUGGAAUGGGUUACAUUUAUGCUUUUUCAAUAUUUGCUGGAGUGCUCUUGGGAGUGUUAUUUGAAGCACAGUAUUUUCAAAAUGUGAUGCGUGUUGGUUUUCGGCUGAGGUCAACCUUGAUAGCCGCUGUUUUCCGCAAAUCUCUGAGGUUAACCCACGAGGCUCGCAAGAAGUUUGCUACUGGGAAGAUAACCAACUUGAUGACUACUGAUGCUGAGACACUUCAGCAAAUAACCCAGUCACUUCACACGUUAUGGUCAGCUCCAUUUCGUAUUACGAUUUCAAUGGUUCUUCUUUACCAGCAGUUGGGAGUCUCUGCCCUUUUUGGUUCAUCGCUGUUAGUCCUUUUGUUUCCCAUUCAGACACUUGUGAUCAGCAGAUUACAGAAACAGUCCAAAGAGGGAUUGCAACGUACAGACAAGAGAAUUGGUCUCAUGAAUGAGAUUUUGGCUGCGAUGGACACAGUGAAAUGCUAUGCCUGGGAGAGUAGUUUUCAGUCAAAAGUACAAAUAAUUCGAAAUGAUGAGUUGUCAUGGUUCCGUAAGGCAUCACUCCUUGGGGCGUUAAAUGGUUUCAUACUGAAUAGCAUUCCUGUUUUUGUGACUGUGGCUGCUUUUGGAUUAUUCACGGUUCUUGGGGGAGACUUGACUCCAUCUAGGGCAUUUACGUCACUUUCACUAUUUGCAGUGCUGCGGUUUCCUCUAUUCAUGCUUCCUAAUAUAAUAACUCAGGUGGUAAAUGCCAAUGUAUCCUUAAAGCGUAUGGAGGAGCUACUUCUAGCUGAAGAAAAAAUUUUGCUUCCAAAUCCACCUUUAGAUCCAAAACUUCCAGCCAUCUCAAUCAAGAAUGGAUACUUUUCUUGGGAUUCACAGGCUGAGAAGCCCACAUUGUCAAACAUCAAUUUGGACGUACCAGUUGGUAGCUUAGUUGCAGUUGUUGGAAGUACAGGAGAGGGCAAGACAUCACUAAUAUCAGCCAUGCUUGGAGAGCUUCCACCCAUUGCAGAUGCUAAUGUUAUUAUUCGAGGAACUGUUGCUUAUGUUCCACAAGUUGCAUGGAUUUUUAAUGCAACGGUGCGUGAUAAUAUUUUAUUUGGUUCUGCCUUUGAUUCUGCCAAAUACGAGAAGGCAAUAAAUAUAACUGCAUUACAGCAUGACCUUGACUUAUUGCCGGGCGGUGAUCUUACUGAGAUUGGGGAAAGAGGAGUGAAUAUCAGUGGUGGUCAAAAGCAAAGAGUUUCCUUGGCCAGGGCAGUGUACUCCAAUUCAGAUGUGUACAUUUUUGAUGAUCCCUUGAGUGCUCUUGAUGCUCAUGUGGCUAGAGAGGUUUUUGAAAAAUGCAUUAGAGGAGAAUUAAGAGGGAAAACUAGAGUUCUUGUGACCAACCAACUGCAUUUUCUCUCACAAGUUGACAGAAUCAUCCUUGUUCAUGAAGGUGUGGUGAGGGAGGAAGGAACAUAUGAAGAGCUUUAUGAAAAUGGAGAGUUGUUCCAGAGGCUAAUGGAAAGUGCCGGUAAAUUGGAAGAAACUACUGAGGAAAUGGAAGAUGUUGAAACCAGUGAUACGAAGAAAUCAUUAGAAAUUUCUGCUAAUGGGACGGCAAAUGAUAUUGCGAAGGAUGCUAGUCCUUCAAAAAAACGUAAAGAGAACAAAUCUGUUCUUAUCAAGCAGGAAGAAAGAGAAACUGGUGUAGUCAGUUUGAAUGUUUUAGUGAGAUACAAGAAUGCCUUAGGAGGCCUAUGGGUGGUUAUUAUACUCCUUCUAUGCUUUGUUCUAUCAGAGACUCUUCGAAUUUUUAGUAGCAUGUGGUUGAGCAAUUGGACCGACCACAGCGAUAUGAAAUCAAGUGAAACUUUCUUCUAUAACAUAAUAUAUGCAGGCCUAUCAUUGGGGCAGGUAUUGGUGACACUGGUAAAUUCUUAUUGGUUGAUCAUGUCAAGCCUGUAUGCAGCCAAAAAGUUGCACGACCAAAUGCUUUCUUCUAUUUUAAGAGCUCCAAUGGUGUUCUUCAACACCAACCCUCUUGGGAGGAUCAUCAAUCGGUUUGCAAAGGAUCUUGGUGACAUUGAUAGGAAUGUUGCCCCCUUUGUCAACAUGUUUCUGGGGCAAAUUUCGCAGCUCCUUUCUACUUUCCUCUUGAUAGGGAUUGUGAGCACUCUGUCUUUGUGGGCAAUCCUUCCACUCCUGUUAUUGUUUUAUGCUGCCUAUCUAUACUACCAGAGCACGGCCAGAGAAGUAAAGCGGCUAGACUCCAUAAGUAGAUCUCCUGUUUAUGCACAAUUUGGUGAAGCUUUGAAUGGUCUGCCAACUAUUCGUGCGUAUAAAGCUUAUGAUAGAAUGGCCAAGAUUAAUGGAAAUUCCAUGGACAAUAAUAUUAGAUUUACCCUUGUUAACAUGAGUGGAAACCGAUGGCUUGCAAUUCGUUUAGAAACUGUUGGUGGUCUUAUGAUAUGGUUUACAGCAACCUUUGCUGUGAUGCAGAAUGGCAGGGCCGAAAACCAACAAGCUUUUGCAUCCACCAUGGGUCUUCUUCUUAGUUAUGCUUUAAAUAUUACUUCUUUGCUUACAGCGGUACUAAGGCUCGCAAGUUUGGCUGAGAACAGUUUAAAUUCUGUAGAGCGUGUUGGGACCUACAUUGAUUUACCUUCAGAAGCUCCUGCAAUUAUUGAGAGCAACCGCCCCCCUCCUGGAUGGCCUUCAUCUGGACUUAUAAAAUUUGAGGAUGUUGUCUUGCGUUACAGACCUGAGCUCCCACCAGUUUUGCAUGGACUGUCUUUCACAGUUUUCCCUAGUGACAAGGUCGGAAUUGUAGGACGAACUGGCGCAGGAAAAUCAAGCAUGCUCAAUGCGUUAUUCCGUAUUAUUGAACUUGAAAGGGGGAAAAUAUUGAUAGAUGGUUUUGAUGUUGCAAAGUUUGGGCUGUUGGAUUUGAGGAAAGUUCUUGGGAUUAUACCACAGUCACCCGUUCUUUUCUCAGGAACGGUUAGGUUUAAUCUAGAUCCGUUCAACGAACACAAUGAUGCUGAUCUUUGGGAAGCUCUAGAGAGGGCACAUUUGAAGGAGGUCAUAAGGAGGAACAGCUUUGGCCUGGAUGCUGAGGUUUCAGAGUCUGGAGAGAACUUUAGCGUUGGACAAAGGCAACUAUUGAGUCUUGCCCGGGCACUUCUCCGGAGAUCGAAGAUACUAGUUCUUGAUGAAGCAACAGCAGCAGUUGAUGUUCGAACUGAUGCUUUAAUUCAGAAAACUAUAAGGGAAGAGUUUAAAUCCUGCACAAUGCUCAUUAUUGCACAUAGAUUAAAUACCAUCAUAGAUUGUGAUCGGAUCCUUCUACUUGAAGCUGGUCGGGUUUUGGAGUACAACACUCCAGAGGAACUUUUAUCAAAUGAAAAAAGCUCUUUCUCAAAGAUGGUUCAGAGUACAGGAGCUGCCAAUGCCCAAUACUUACGUAGCUUAGUACUUGGAGGUGAAGGUGAGAAAAAGUUAGGAAUAGAAGAGGAGAAUCGGGCGGAUGGACAGAGGAGAUGGUUGGCUUCCUCGCGGUGGGCUGCGGCUGCCCAGUUUGCUUUGGCUGUUAGCCUUGCAUCUUCACACAAUGAUCUUCAGAGUUUGGAGGUAGAAGAUGAGAAUAGUAUCCUCAGGAAAACCAAGGAUGCUGUAAUAAUGCUACGGGGAGUUCUGGGAGGAAAGCAUGAUAAUGAAAUUGAAGAGAACCUAAAUCAAUACCAAAUCUCUUCAGAUGGAUGGUGGUCGUCUCUUUUCAGAAUGGUUGAAGGACUUGCUCUGCUGAGCAGAUUGGGUCGAAACAGGCUUCAAAAUUCGGAUUUCAGUUUCGAAGACACAACGAUCGAUUGGGAUCAAAGCACGAUAUAGUUAUUGAGUGAGUUUCUGUUAGGUUAGUUUGAGACUUUCAUUAUUCCAAUUGUUUGGUUAAUGUCGUAACUUGCAAUUACGUUAUUGGGGAAUGUAAUGUAAUGGCUCUCUAAAUUUUGCACCAAUACGUUAUUGUGAAAGAUUUUUAGACAGCGUCUUGUAAUGGUAAUGACAGAAUUGUAUGAGAUCCCGAGGUCAUUUUUUUUAUUUUUGUUAUAUGAUAUACACAUAAGAUA